UUGACAGGACAGCAAUUUACAGAUUUAUGUGAGGUUAACAAUAACCUUCUGCCAAUAUUUUAUUUUUUUUUAAUUACUUGAAAAUGAACGAACAAAGCAACAAUCUUAUAAAAAUCGAUGUAACGACGGUUCCUUGGUUUAAUAAAAAUGAAUGGAUGAUGGUAUUUGAUUUCCUAUACUCACAGUUACCACAACGAGCAAAGGCUAUGGAAAUAAUAAAAAUGUGGAAAUUGAGAUAUCAACGUUUGGCUGCCGGUAUUGAGGGAACGUAUAUUUUGUUACAAGUUUUGGAAAAACCGUUACAAGAUAAUGACUAUUAUGAUUUGCAAGUUUUAUUUUCAACAGCGAUUCUGAGAUUUUUGAACGUAUGUGUUACACACGAUAGAGUGCAAGGAACAUUUUCAAUAAAUGCAAAACAAGCUAGAAUCCCGAGCUGGAUAAUUGAUAUGCGUCAUGAGAUUGCACAUGGUACAAAUCUACCUACUUUAGAUUUACUUAAAAAAGCAUGCGAAUUUGGUUUCGAUUGGUUAUAUAAUAAAUAUUGGCUUCCAGUAUCACAAUUAUUACGUGAUUAUGUAUUUGAAACAGAUGUUGAACCUAUGAAUGAUCAAGAAAUGAUUUUAAGUAAACAAAAUGAAAUUUCAACUCAGUCGAUAUUUUUACUUGAUAUUUUUGAAUGCAUUGUUAUAUUUCAACAUCCAAAAUUUAACGUACAAACUAUUAAUGAUAUACCCGAUCCUGAAUGUAGAGAAAAUCUUUUAAAGGAUCUUAAAAACUUUAGAGCAUUUUUUCAUAUAAAUAAAGAUACAGAAUUAUCAGAAUUGUCCAAGUCAGUAAUAUAUGCAAUUCAUGGAUGCUUAAGUAUGGCUAGGAAAGACACUAAGGAACAGAUUGUAGACAGUUUACUAAAUGGAAUUGGUUUCUUAUGCGAGGAAGAUUUACAAAUGCAGUUAUUUGAAAGUACAUCUUUAGAAAUUUUGCCAUGGAGUUAUGUAUCGCUAUGGCUAGAAUUAUUACAAGUAUUUUGUAAACUAUCUAUGAUUGAAUGUUUAUUUAUAAAAUUGUUUAAUAUAAUGUUGGAUUCAAAUCAGAAUGAACAUAGAAAAAGAAUGGCAUCUUUAUGGGUGAUUGAAAUUGCAAAAGCAUUAAAAAAAGUACAAUUAUUUCAAAUUGCUUAUGAAACAAAUUUCGAAAAUAUGGAUUCAAGCAUAAAAUCAAAUCGGUUAAAAUGUGCGAAAUAUGUAAUCGAAAAAAUUGAAUCUAUUCAUCAAGCAUUGAAUCUUAUUAUGACUUUCGACCCAGAAACAAAAAUUCCAUCAGUGAUUAGCAAUUUUAAACAAUUUUCGAAAUUAGCAUUAAAAGAACCAAAUGAAUACAUUAAAUUAUGUUUACCAUUUAUUUUAGAAUUGAAUACUCCAAAAUUAGACAGUGAUUUAACUGCACAAUUAAAUCAAUUAAUAGAUAAGUUUAUAAACUCUAAGUCUGUUCAAAUUACAAAUGAAGGAAAAUCAUCUGACGAAAAUAUAUAUUCUGUGGAAGAUUUAAAAAAAUAUGUGGGUGGUAAAAUACCUAAAUUUGAGGAAGAAGAUUUAGAAAUAAUGGACAGCGAUGAUAGUACGCCAGUUAUUGAAAAUACUUCAGUGAACGAUAUUUCAACAAAUAAAGAUGUUGACAAAAAUAAUCAUUGGAAAAUGGCAUCAGAACAUCUCAAAUUUGAAAAUUGUCCGUUAGGAUUAUUACCUUGGCAAGAUAAGAACAUAAAUCCAACACUUCAAAUAUUUUUGGAAAGUCAAUCGUAAUAAAAAAUAAAUAUUUAUUCAUUCUUGUUUUAUUUAUAUUUCAAAAAUCUCCUACAGCUUGAAAAGCAAGGUAUGGGCGCUUCGUUGAGAUGUACUUAAGUCUCUUAUAUAAAUCUGGCACGCUUCAAUUGAUUUUUUCUUCUUCAUUUUCAACCCUUCCGCAUUGCCACUCUCACUGCCCAAACAGUUGGGUGAUCACCACCGUUAUCAGUGAUACGUGGGAGUUUUACGGUUUCAAUAUCUGAUGCGCUCCAGUUACUCCAUGGGCCUGUUUUUUUAAAUUUUCUAAGGUCUGUAAGCCAUUUCCCCAUCACUAAGACUUUAUAAGACCUUAUAUUCAAAAUCAUCUAAGGUACUAAAAUCCAAUAGGUUUUGACGACGCUCGACUAUACUUUUAGCAUCGAGGACUCUCAUACGUUAGCAGAGUGAGUUUUUCAAGGGAAAAUAAAAU